UGAAAGUUGAUAUCUCCUUCCAUUUAUGUUUUCAGAUGAUAUAGCAACCGACCUAUUCGUUCAAAAUGAUGAGUUUGAAAGCGAAUCAGACUUUGAGCAAACCGGUCAAUUUGAUGAAGUAUGUCCGAGUCCCAAACGACAAAAGGUAAAUGACUUCUUUGCCUCCUUGGAUGAUGAAAGCACAGAGGAAAGUGACGGGAGUGAUGAGAGUGACUGGGAAGACAUUCCUAUACCAAGUGUAAGUAACGGGUUAAUUGAUGAGACGGCAGCUCCAGAAAGUUUCAAUAUUGUAAUAUCCAAUGAAGAUUCUGAUGAAGCAAAGAAGCAACGCCAGAGGCGUGAAAAACUUCAGACUCUUAUAAAAGAAAAGCAGAAACGGGUAAGUAUCCAAUAUCUUUCUGUAUUAUGCUAUAUAAUCCACGCAAGGAUUAGAAAUGGCUGGAUUAGUUCAAGGUUAUGUCAUAAGAAAUUAAAAGGUCUUCUUCCCGAAUCGUUCAUGAAAUCGAACUAUAAAUCAUUGAAAAAGUUGAUGAAAAAUCCAACAAAUAACACAGUAAACGGCGAGUCUGAUAAAUUGUUGGUCUAUGUUAUAAAAUAUCUUAUCAAGUGGUUUCGAUUUAAUUUCAAAAUUGACCAAAAUGGCUUAAGAGUACUCGGAUUUUUACCUUCACAAGGUGAUCCCACAACUUACUUCCCCACGGCCAAUACUAAAAUAGGGUCCCUUCAUGAUUUUAUUUCCGUGAUUAAAAAAUUCAAACAUAAUAGGGAUACUGGUGCUCAAGUGUUUACUGCUAUUUUACGGUCUCUAGGGUUCGAAGCAAAUCUAUGCAUGUCUUUGAUGCUAUUACCUACAUUAAGAUCAGCUAAUUUACAACCAAAGCUAGACAAAGAGAAACUUUCUCGUAAUAAGGAUAACGAUCUCCUCUACCCGUAUUUUUGGACGGAAUUGAUAAAUCCGUUCGAUCGACUGGAAAUUUUUGUGGUUGAAACUAUUUGCUUUCAUAAUGAACAAGAUCGACUUAUUAGAUUGAAAAGAUUUCCUUCAAACCAAAGAAAAAUUUUAUCGUUAAACGAACACUUUACUGAAAGAUAUGCACCAAAUCUCGAUAGGUUCAAUAUAAUGCCCCCGAUGUCUUAUGUUAUAAGUUUUACCAACAAUAAUGCAGUUAAAGAUAUCACUCCUCGUUACAAAUCUGAUAUCAGUUAUAGAUAUUUCGGUAGACUUGACUUAAGAACUGAAAGUGGUAGAGUGGCAUUAUUGGUUCAAUCUUUGGUAAGAUCUUUCAACAAGCACCAUAAUUAUACCUUUGAAGACUAUAAAGAAUUUGAUACGUUAAGGGAAAUUGCUUUUCUCAAUUAUUCCAUUCCCCUGACAUUUUCAAGUAUGAAGAAAAAUCCUAAUAUAGUGACAGAGUCAACAUUGAGAUAUAAUGAAGUGCUUGAUCACAACGCAAAACCUAUUGGUUCGGUUUCAAUAACUAAAACAAAGAGGUUAGAACCAAUUUAUUUCAAAAAUGCAAUAAUAAUAGGAAAGUCGGAGCAACAAUGGAAGUUUUUGGGAAGAUCAAUCAAACCCGAUCAGAUAGAAUUUCCCAUAAAGAUGACUGACGCGUUACAACCAAGAACAAUAUUCAAAAGAAAGGUAUUCAAUUCUAACAUGCUCAACAAUCAAAGCGAAUUAAAUAGAACAAAGUUGUAUAGUUUUGAUCAAACAUGUCCUUAUAUUAAAGAAAAGGUAUCGGUUUCUGAAACAGGAGAAGUAUCGCUUCCUAGGAAUAAAUAUGGAAACAUUGAGAUAUUCAAGGAUCUGAUGAUACCGGAUGACUGUUACUGGUUAAAGUUAUCUGAUUCAGAAAAGAUAUUCAGGUACUUCAAGAAGAACAAAAGCAACCCGCCUUUCGCAGAGGCAAUGGACUACGUUCCUGUAGUGGUGGGAUUUGAUUUCAGGUCAAAACUAGGUAAUGCAGUUCCUAUAAAAGAUGGAAUUAUUAUAUUGAAGCUGCAAGAGAUUCAAGCAAAAAAGGUCUGGCUUCAUGGAAAGAUCAUGAUACAUAAACUGGAAGUCCAAUUUAAAGAACUUCGGCUAUUGACAACCUGGAAAUUUUUCUUAAAAAGCUUACGAAUAAAAGAACGAGUAGAUAAAGAUUAUAAAUGAUCUAUUUAUAAUCAGGAGCAGCUUCUGUGACUGAUAAACGAAAUUUUUUGAACUUUUCAAGUACCUCUAUCUUGGCUCCUUUAGUUGAACCUCCUUGAAGCACAGAGCUUUUCUCGAUUAAUCUCUUGAUUUCUCGGUCGCUUUCGGAUAAGUGAUCUUUAGGUAACCAUAUCUUUGGUUUCUCAUACUUGAAAGAUGGAUGUGAGUAAAACAUAGCUUGAUUCAGGUAAAAACUAUUGCUAUUCAAUGAGAGUUCGUCUGCGUUUUCUUUCGGCGACCGGAACCUAGAGCCUGGGUCUAAUUCUGAAGGAUCUUUAUCCGAUAGAAUAGGUAAAUAUGAAAAAUGAUUCACAUAUCGUUGAUAGAUGGAAAUAUUACCGAAUAUAGUUAAGAGUAAAACUAUCAGCAUGAUUGUACCUUGAAUCUUCAUUGGACAAAUACCUUGAUUAUUCUUCAGUGAAAAGAAUAUCCCAAUUAAGCAAAACUCUAAGCAAU